AGCAAAGGAGAAUGAGUGUGAAUACGAGACUCCUCAGCGAUCCGUAUUCAAGCUUAAAUACUUCGCAAUGCAACAACCAGGACGUUUACGACUUUAAUUUCGUUCAAGUUACUUCUCACACCUGGUUCAACGAAUUCCUCAUCUGGGAAGGUGGCAUUGCGUUCAACGUCGUUUACUGGUCUAUUGUUUUACUCUUCUCCUUUGCAGUUAUUCACUUCCUCCGUUGGAAAUUUCGUUGGCGAUUUCUAACCCGACGUUUCGACGGACAGGUUGAACCAUGCACCACGCGUUCCAGCAGCUGGGGCCUAUCCAUCGACGAAGAGCUGGUCGGUAAAGAUGGGGCAACAUACCUGUGGUUCCAGGUUCGGCAAAUGAUUGCUUAUACGUGGAUACUGAUCAUCAGCAUUGUUCUUAUAGUCGUCCAUCGUUAUGGCGAUAAGCAGGGACUUGUCAAAAACCUGAAUUCAACGACGCUUUAUAACAUUGGGGUUAAUGGGAUCCACUGUGUGUUUUGCCUGGCGGUGCUGGUCAUUUUGGAUCGGGAGAUGUACAAGCACGGACGACAUCGCGGCAUCAGGUCAUUUGCUAGUCCCAGCAUUCCGGACAGAGUUUGCAAUCGCCGCUGGCUGAUGAUCGGUGGACUUCCGCUUAGCGUCACGGUCGAUUCGCUGUUUGAUUACUUGAAGAACAGGUUUGACUCGAAGGGAAUCGGUCGCGAAAACAUUCAUUUCGUUUACGAUCUCAACAGACUAUGGCCGGUGAAAGAAAACUUGAAAUGGUUGCGGGAAAUCAAACGCACUUUGCUAACCACGGGACCUCAACAGAUACAAAAUCGCUUUUGGGAAUGCUUUUCCACCAAGGAGGCAGCUGGAACGGAUGAAAGGAGCCCAGGCAGCGAUGACGCUUUGCAAUUCUACAGUCAAAUGGAAAAGACUCUUUUGGCCAAACGAGACGACAUGAUGAAUAACUUGAAAUUUGUCGGACUAGCCUUCAUCGGUUUCGACUGUCCAACUGAAGCCAAGGCAACCAAAAGUGGUGUGAAACGACUGCAGCGAUCUACUUGGUUUGGAAAGGAAAAGGAAGGAGGCGAUCGAGAAUUCCGGCCCUCCAUGUGGACCAUCGGAUAUGCCCCACCCGGCUCGCAAAUCAAUUGGCCCAAAUUGCAGCAAAGGCGUCCUUUGUGGAAGAAACUAGCCAUCUCUUUGGCAAUGAUGGUCAUUUAUUUUGGUUACAUUGUCGUCAUGGCCGCACCCGGAUACAUCGUGCAAUCCUUCCAGUUGGUAGGACAAGGAUCGGACGAAAUUUCCUUGACUUGGCAAUUGCUCAUCUUACCAAGUCUGGCCUCUUUCUUCACCCGCAGACUGACUAACUUUGUAACCAAAAUUGGCCAAUACAGACACCAGACGACUCUGUCCAGCAUCGAGUUGGGUAAGUUGCAUUCCAUUUGUCAUUUAUCAGCCGUUCUUUAUUUAAUCCGAAUGAUGGCCAUGAAACCGCUUCCGUUGGUGUUUUCUGGCCAGUUUCACAUCAGGGACAUUCGCUGGAAAUGCCUCUUUUUCCCAGAGCACGGCAGUUUCCUGAGCUGUGCCAUCAUUGUCAACACGGCCAGCGGAGUGCUGAUGAAUCACGCGAGACUAGAAUUUCUCAUCUCUUACCUGUUGAAGUGGAUCACCUCCCAAUCAGAAGCGGAACACGCGGUCUGGAGACAAAACUAUCGUCUCUCCUUUGACUUUACCAGCAAUUACGCUGAACUUACCACCAAUUUCGGACUAACGAUGCUCAUCUUCAUCAUCUUUCCCGUUCUGGGCGUCAUCUCGUGGAUCUGCUCCAUUGUUAGAUUCUUGAGCGACAGGGCGGCCAUGAUGGACAUGUACGCCGUCAGCCAAACAAGUCCCGAAUUACACAGACAACCAGUCAAUAUGGCGUUGACUUUGGUCAUCUUCUCUCCUUUAGUUUUGCUUGGUUAUCGGAUCAUUCAGUUGGGUCCAAACACAGUCCGGCAUUUGGUGGAGUCCACUUUCCUGGCGCCCCUUUGCGUCGCCAUCUUGUACGCUUUGUAUUUGAUCCACGCAUUCGUGCGAUUUCAUUGCCCAAAAUUUGCGCUCUUGCGUCGAUUGUUUGGUUGCAUCGAUGACGACGUCGACGACGAAGAAUCGGACACGGUCGACUCUCCGAGUCUCAUCCAACACGAAUACGAUCCGCUGGCUGAAAAUCGUAAAGAAGAAACGUCGCACAUGACCGUCUAGAAACCAUUUCCUUUCGACUAUUGAAACAUUCAAUUCUUGUUGUACCCUGAUGUGCAAAAUCAAUAAACUCUCGAUGUUUCACCGAUGAA